CUUAUUCGUAAUUCUAAAACACUAUCCUGUUCUGUUUGCCUUGUAACUACUUCUGUUGAACAUUUCCGUGCAUUAGCAUGUGGCCAUUAUUUUUGUAAAGAAUGUUGGUCUGCUCACUUUGAAAUACAAAUUUUUCAAGGUAUAACUACAAAUAUGGAAUGCAUGGGUCAAAACUGUAAUCUUUUGGUUCCAGAAGAUUUUGUUUUGAAUAUAUUAAAUAAAACUUCCCUCACAGAAAAAUAUCAAAAGUUUGCAUUUGCAGAUUAUGUUAAAAGCCAUCCCAAUCUGCGAUUUUGCCCUGGUCCUAAUUGUAAUAUAAUUAUUUAUGCCAAAGAAUGCCAGAGUAAACGAGUGAUAUGUAAAAACUGCAAGACAUCUUUCUGCUUCAAGUGUGGGACAGAUUAUCAUGCGCCAACAGACUGUGAAACAAUUAAGAAAUGGCUAACAAAAUGUGCAGAUGAUUCGGAAACUGCAAAUUAUAUUUCUGCACAUACAAAAGAUUGCCCAAAGUGCAAUAUCUGUAUAGAAAAAAAUGGAGGGUGCAAUCACAUGCAGUGUUAUGGUUGCAAAUUUGACUUUUGCUGGAUGUGCUUAGGAGAUUGGAAUGCUCAUGGAAGUGAAUAUUACGAAUGUAGUAGGUAUAAAGAAAAUCCAAACAUUGCUAAUGAAUCUGCUCAUGCUCAAGCUCGAGAAGCUUUAAAAAAGUACCUUUUUUACUUCGAAAGGUGGGAAAAUCAUGCAAGAAGUUUGAGAUUAGAAGAGCAGACCCUUCAAAAAAUAAAAGAUAGAAUAAAUGAAAAAGUAAUGGCAAAUGAAGGAACAUGGAUAGAUUGGCAAUAUUUAAGAAACGCAGCUGCCUUAUUAGCAAAGUGUCGAUAUACUUUGCAAUAUACUUAUCCAUAUGCAUAUUACAUGGAAAGUGACAGGAAAGAAUUGUUUGAAUAUCAGCAGGCCCAACUAGAAGCUGAAAUUGAAAAUUUAUCAUGGAAAAUCGAGCGGGCAGAAACAACAGACAGAGGGGAUCUAGAAAACCAAAUGGAUGUUGCUGAAAAACGAAGGACUACACUUUUAAAAGAUUUCUUAGCUGUGUGACAUUUUUUGCCUUAAACUGGGGGUGACCAUAAUGUACAGCAUUCUGCAUCAUCAUUAUUGCAUUUACUAAUAUAUCUGUCAAGUUUUAAAUUUUUUGGUUACUAAAAAAAUAUAUUUAUUUCACAAAUUUAACCAGGCUUUUGUUACAUCAGAUGUUUUUAUGCUUUGUUUUAACGUCGCAUAUAAAGGGGCUUUGUGCAUUUGACAAAAGCAUUUGUGUAAUAUAAAAUUUAUAUUAAUGCAAUUUCACUAGAAAUUUUAUCCAACAGUUACCAUCAUUCACAUAAUACUGAGACAGAUUAUCCUAAUUUCCAUCUUAACAUUUUAGCUUGUGAUUUUUUAAAGUAAAACUUAUAAGACAAAUUAUUUCAUAAACAUUUAUAUGCAUGUAUACACUUAACACUUACAUAUAUAGUUACAGAUUUUUUGUUACUUAAUUAAAAAAAAUCCCUUUGGAAAUUUAUUUUAAAAUGCAUAAAUAACACUUUUAAGGAAAGUCCUGGAAGAUGUAGGAAAACCUUUUGGAUUUUGCAGGGGGGUGAUAGAUUAGAAAAUGCAGUUUUAAUUUUUUUUAAUGCAAAAAAGUUAUAAUAGUGAGGUAAUUAUUCUCUUUUGCAAUAUUACUUGGUAAAGUACUUGUAUAAUAUUAUUACAAAAGUCAUGAGAAAUAAAAGUCCAUUACAUCAAGAAUUAAAAAAAAAAAACUUUUUUUUUAAACCAUGAGAAGCACUUUUAAUAAUAAAUUUGCUUUGGAAAAUUUGAAAUCUAAUUCUGCAAUUAGUUAUAUUAACUUACUUUCAUUAUUACUUCAGCUAUUUUUCUGUGUUGUUAUCUUAUAGUAGAGCAUUUUUAGGGCGAGGGUUGAAUUUGCUUACUGUAUUUACUUAAAAAUUAGACCCGUCCCCCUUUUUAUUGCUAUAAUUUUGUUGCAAAAUUUGGAAGGGUCUAAUAAGUGGGUAUAAUGAUAUAUAAAGAAAAGAAGGAGCGUAAUUGUCAUAUUGUAUAAAAUAAUUACACCAUUUAAAUACUAAAUAAACCACAAAGACAAGUUACUAUAUAUAUAUAUAUAUAUAUAUAUUCAAGAUAAAAAGUACAUAAAUGUUAAUUAUAAUUUAAGUUAGCAGUAGCCUUUUAAUGCUUAAUUUUAAUUUAGGUAUUUCUGUCUUUAUUCUAAAAAUACUAAUAAGCUUUUCUGAACUGUAUGAUUUCAAGAUUAUCCAUAGUGCAUCUUUAUGGGAUAGUCUUGAAAUGACAUAAAUGGAACUGAAACUCAGACAGCCUAUAAUAAUUUUACAGCUUUAUUAAUUAUCCAGUCAAAUACAUUUAAACUGAAACUAACUUAUUCCGUAGUUGGAUUUCAUCCUAAACAUGAGACUUUUGCUUAUAUAACUGUUGCCACAAAGACUGCUGCUUAUUGCUUUCCUUUUUUCUGGAAAACAAUAUUAAAAAAAUAUAACUGUUCUGGAACAAGUAUGAUUAAAGUGUGUAUGGCUGUAAAUAUCAAGCAGUCAUAUACUAAGAAUUACAAAUUGUUUUAAAUGAUGCAAAUAGUUCUGUUUUGGAAUUUUUAAGUUAAAAAACAACUUUGUAAAAUUGCAAAAUUUGUCUUGGUACUUUCUACUGGUUCCUAAACUUACUUAUAUUUAAGAAAAUAUUAUACACAGCAUGAAAAAUAAAAUAUUAAAAAUGUGACUUUUGUACGAGAAAAAUUGAUUGACAUGUUUCAUUUUAAAUUUGGACAUCAUAUUUAGUGGCUGUGGAGAGCAAAUUUCGUUUGUAUGUGAACUGUUGCUAAAAAUAUCAGUUUAGAAAGGUUUCUGAUAUUAAUAGAUUGAUUGGGAACAAUUUUGUGCAGAUUUUUGUAAAAUUGAUCAAUUAAAAUUUUUUGAAAAGGAAAUGUAUAUUAGUGUUAUAGAACACUGGCAAGUUUUAAUAGUGGCAGUGCAUCUUACAGUCAACUUAUAGCAUUUAUUUGCAUAAGUUAAAAAUUAAAACCAUUUCUGGUUUAAUGAAAUUUUUGUGUGAUUAUGAGGUUGUAUUUCUAAAGUAGUAAAACUUUAUGAGAAUAUUAAUAAUAUAUUUAUAGCAAUUGGAAAUUUAUAAAUUGUGUAAAAAUUCUUUCAGCAGACCAAGUGUAAUAAAAUUAUAAAUUAAAGAAUAUUACACACUAUAAAAUAGCAUUUAAAAAGGGAAACCGACUUCCAAAUUAUUUGAGAGGCAAAUUGUAAAUGAUGUUAAAUAUCUCUAAUUUUUUUUUAAUUAUCUUGGCCAGUUUUUGUCGUAUGGAAACUAAACAUUUUCAAUUUUCAUAAUGAGUAAAAUUUUUGUAAAUGUAACUGUAGGGACUGGGUUAUUGUGUAAAAGUUUAUACUGUGUAAUUUGUAUCAAAUUGACUUUUCAAGGGUAAAAAUGCCAAAAUGUGAUUAUUUGCAUCAUUUAAAAUAUUUUUUAACUGGAAGAAAAGAGCCUCAGUAAGGACUUUUGUGGACAUUUUAUAUGUAAACUACAUAAUUACCAUUAAUUGUAAUUGCCAUGUCUAGUGGAGUGUUUUCAGUUUAUGUCUGCAUCUAUAAUGCUGAUCACUGGCAUGCGUGAAACAACAAUGUGUCACAAACUUUUUCCAACUUUUUUUCUAUAACAUAGUAAAAAGUUGUAUUUAAUUAUGUUACCUGCUCUUCAUUCUAAUCAGAAUCACGGCUAUCUCUUCAAAUAUUUUUUAUUUCUUUUAUCUUAAAGAAAGAAAUAAAAAUAUUUGAAAUAAAAAUAUAUUAAAAAUAUUAACCCUUCGUAUCUUUUUUUAUAUGAAAGGUUUUAUUUUCUAGUAAAUACAGUAUGCUUUAUCUCGGAUAUUUCAAAUCCUUAUAGAUAUAACUUAAAAUAUGUCUUUCCCCCAAAAAAUCCUGUAAUGUUUUUAGGAAAUAGAGAAUGUAACCAUCUUUAACAAGACUUUCAAAAUAAAAAUUAUUGUAAGCUUUCCUUAGUUUGAAUGUUUUAUAAUUAAAUAGGAAUUUUUGAAGUCAUCUUAAAAUCGUUACAAGUUUUUUUUUAAGUUUUAUGUUUUGCGGUUUUCUUAAAUUUAAUUUAUUUUUGUUUAUUAUUCCUGUGAAUAAUCUUUUUAUAUGUACUUUUGAUUAUUGCAACUAUUUUCAUAAGUUCAUGUGAAGAGUUCUUAUAUAUUUUAGAGAAUCUUCCUCUGAGGUAUGGCAGAAGUAUCAAAUUAUAAUUCAAACUUAAGUUCAUUUUUGGAAUUCAUGCAAUUACUUUGAUUUAUAUGUAAUUUUCCUUUAGCUGCUUUAUGCUUGAAUGUAGUUAUUGCAGUAUUGUUUUGUAUAUGUAGUGUGUAUUUCAUUUUAAUGUUUAGUUUGCUUCCAAAAGUGUCUAGAUUAUGUGUCACAUAUAUAUUGGGUCAUUUGGACAAUUCUGUGGUUUCUUCAAAAACAAUUUUUUUAUGUAUGUGGUAUGGCAACAGCUGAAAACUUUAUUGAAUGACAUAUUAUGCUUAGUGGCUUUUUGCCAUCUCACUGACAGCUAGAAAAUUCUCCUUUCAAAGAAUAUUUUAGGUGUAAUAAAAAAAAAAAAAAUAUUUGAUGGUUGCCUAAGAACUGAACUUGUUGCAUAGACAAUUUUUAACUAAUUGAAGCAGUUAUAGAAAGGCAAGUUGAGUUGACUAAGGAGAAUGAACUAUAAAACAUGCUAGCUAUACUCAAUAAAUUCCCAUCUGACAUUGAUUAAAAUAUAACACCUAACAUUGUAACAUAACACAUUGGCAGUUGGUCACUUGGACAAUUCUGUGGUUUCUUCAAAAACAAUUUUUUUAUGUAUGUGGUAUGGCAACAGCUGAAAACUUUAUUGAAUGACAUAUUAUGCUUAGUGGCUUUUUGCCAUCUCACUGACAGCUAGAAAAUUCUCCUUUCAAAGAAUAUUUUAGGUGUAAUAAAAAAAAAAAAAUAUUUGAUGGUUGCCUAAGAACUGAACUUGUUGCAUAGACAAUUUUUAACUAAUUGAAGCAGUUAUAGAAAGGCAAGUUGAGUUGACUAAGGAGAAUGAACUAUAAAACAUGCUAGCUAUACUCAAUAAAUUCCCAUCUGACAUUGAUUAAAAUAUAACACCUAACAUUGUAACAUAACACAUUGGCAGUUGGUCACUUUGCAACAAUUUUUGCUUUCAGAAUUACCACUUGAAAAACAAUAUUUUUUAGACUUACUAAUAUGGUUAGGCGACAGUAGUUCCAAAUAAAUUAUUCUAUCAUUUUCUUACCACAGUGUUCAUAUUUAUGGGCCAUUGCAGAAGUUAUGUUCGGCUUUGGCAAAAUAUGGCAUACCAUAUCCUACAGCAGUUUAUUUAGCUUUCUUAAAAUAAUCCAUGUACAGUACUUUUAGAAAUAUUUAGUCUGUCUGAUAGCUUCUGAAAGGUAUAAGAGGUUUUCCUUCAGUGCCUACCUUUCAAUUGUCUUUAUUUGAAGUAAAGGCCAUACAGAUCAAGUGUCAUCUUUGAGCAUGUUUCUGUAUUUAAUUUUCUAAAAACAAUGCCAUUAGCAAUUAUGAGCCUUCUGAUCAGCAGAGUUUAAACAAAGAACAUAAUAUGACAAAAAUGAAAUGUGCUCCAUCCAUGAAGUUGUACUCGGGGGGAGGGGGGGAAAUAAAAAUGCCAUAGCAUGUAUGAGAAUGCUACUCUAGAAAAUAUGUUUUUCAGAAUAGUAUUCUUGUACGUGUAACAUUAUUUUAGUACUAACCUGGAAAAAGAGAUAAUACAGUGGAACCAGGAAAUAUCAGUGUUUAUUAUUAACUAGAAUUAAGAAUUUGCCAUAGCAGUAAUAAUGAAAAUGAGCAGAAGAUUCACACAGAUUUUAAUAAAAAUGCCAUAUUUAAUAAAAAUUUAAUAAAAAUGCCAUAGCAUGUAUGAGAAUGCUACUCUAGAAAAUAUGUUUUUCAGAAUAGUAUUCUUGUACGUGUAACAUUAUUUUAGUACUAACCUGGAAAAAGAGAUAAUACAGUGGAACCAGGAAAUAUCAGUGUUUAUUAUUAACUAGAAUUAAGAAUUUGCCAUAGCAGUAAUAAUGAAAAUGAGCAGAAGAUUCACACAGAUUUUAAAAAUUGCAGUACUUUUCAAAUUACCCAAUAUCAACAGAGUAGUUGACUGUGAUUUUUCAGAAUUGUUACAUUAAGCUAUUGUCACUGAAAGAAGCUUCUUUUCUGUAACUGAUUGUCUUUUCAUGUGUAUUUUCAAAACAAGCUAAUAAUAAUUUAUAGGCAGAUAAUUUAAAAUGUGAUGUAAAGUACAUAUGUAUCUAUUGCUAAAAUUUGGGACAUAUACUUGUAAAUACCAGCUUGGCUAAAUAUAUUUUAAAAACUUUUUUAAUACUGUUAAUUUAUAUCAACUGCCAGUUUUUUAGUAAUAUAUACUGUAGCCAAUUGGUGCAAAACAAGAUUUUUUUAUUGUAAUCAUUUUUAUCAAGUCAUUAUGGAUUUUGUAAUGUGAAUCCAUAUUUAUUAAAUAACCAAAUACAUCUUAGUGGUUUAUUUGUUGCCAUUGUAAUAUAAAUUGCUGCAGAAUGUUGUUUCAUGGUUUAGCCAGGUUUAAUUGUGCUACAUUUGUAUGUAUGUAGCCAUCUCUUACUGAAAUUUGAAGAGAAAAAUGUAAAUAUAUGUUGUACAGUGCUCAAACAUUUUCUUAAGCAUAAAUUAAAAAGAAAAAGAAAAAAAAAGUUAAGAAAAGAAAAAAAAA